UUUUUCACCACCAUUCCUUUUCUUCUUCCUUUUUUUUAAAUUCUCCGGGAGGCCCACAUUUCAAUGCACCACCACACCUUCGUGCACGCCCUGCCCUCAGCUUCCUCCUUUAAAAGGAUGGCAAUGACCUCUUGCAUCCCUUGUCUUUCAUUCGGUUCUAAGUUUUUCUCUUGGUCGCCAUGGAUUUUGCAUUUCGAUCGGAGUCAGACCUUGAUUUGAGCUUCACUAGCUGCACAUCAACUUCUGAUACCGACCGGACCGGCAUUUCGAGUGCCCGGAGCAGCAUCAGUCAAUCAGAAAUCCGCCAUUCGGCCGCUGGACCCCGGCAACGCCACCGCUGCGACGACCCCCUGUGGUCUCCCAUUCAGUCUAUUCGCUUCCAAGACGGCGGCGUGGACAUACGCCACCUGAAUUUAAUACGGGAGCUUGGCAGCGGCGACGUCGGAAGGGUAUUCCUCUGUAAUCUCAAGGGGUUCGAGCGUGCCAAAUAUGCGCUGAAGGUGAUCGAUCGGGAGGCGUUAUCGGUACGAAACAAACACAAGGUUCCCCAUGUUCAGAUCGAAUCUCAUCUUCUUUCCACCUUCGACCAUCCUUUCCUUCCUACUCUCUACUCCAAAUUCGACUUUGGCCGCUACACUUGCUUCCUCAUUGAUUACUGCUCAGGCGGCGACCUCCAUGCCCUCCUGAGGAGGCAACCGGGCAACAGGUUCGAGCCCUGCGACGUAAGGUUCUUCGCUGCCGAAGUGCUGGUCGCUCUGGAGUACCUCCAUUCUAAAGGCAUAGUUUACAGAGAUAUCAAACCGGAGAACAUCUUGAGAAAGGAGGACGGACACGUUAUGCUGUCGGAUUUCGACUUAUGCUUUCUUUCCGAAGUCGACCCCAAGCUCGAACGCCAUGUCAUGGAUGAUAGGCACGACGGUGGUGCUGUUGGUUUCGGAUGUUUCAGGCACCGGCGGCCUCAGCCUAGCGGAAUGCCGGAGUUUGUAGCGGAACCCACAUCGGCGUCGUCGAAAGCGUCCGUCGGGACUCACGAGUACCUGGCGCCGGAGAUAAUUUCCGGCAAGGGACACGGCAAUGCCGUAGACUGGUGGGCCUUUGGCGUGUUGUUGUAUGAGAUGUUGUACGGGUAUACACCGUUCAAAGGUGGAAGCAAAGGGGAGACUUUGUGGAACAUCACGACCAAGCCGCUUCGGUUUCCGGCCGGGUCCGGCGACCGGCCUGAGCUGGCGGCCGCCAACGAUCUGAUAAAGAGGCUGCUGGUAAAGGAUCCAAAGGGGAGGUUGGGAAGCAUCAGGGGUGCAGCCGAUGUGAAGAAGCACAGGUUCUUUGCCACGAUUAGGUGGCCAUUGAUAAGGACGUAUGCAGCCCCAAGAUUUGAUGCCAACGGCCAGAGGAGAUCAUGUGCUGCGAGGAAGAGCAGGAAGGGAGUCGUUAGGGGACGCUGGUCCUGGAAGAAGCUGAGGACAUGGUUAGGUGCUCGUAGCAGAAAUGCGCGUAAAUUGUGACAAACUUGAGAGAGAGAGAGAGAGAGAGAGAGAGAGAGAGAGAGAGAGAGAGAGAGAUUUGUUUUUUCUACUUGUCGAUGUAUAUUGGUAGGUCUGUUGAGGAACUUUGUAAAAAAUGAGAUGAGUUUAUGAAUGAAUU